GAAGAAGCAGCAGCAGAAAGAGAAGAAGGAGGAGAAGACGAGUUGCUCUUACAAACAGAUUGGCUGUUUUGGAGUAGCUGUGACGACAAGGACGGACCACAAACACACACACACGCACACACACACACACACACACAAACACACACUGACUGAUGGUGGUGCUGGAUGGACCGACGCUGCUCACACACACACUUCAAGCUGUGCACGUAGGAGAUCGACCUGUGGGACGAGACAUGCACUUCUACUACGUGGGGGACCACACGUGGGCGACCAUGUUGGGUCAGAGCGUGCGGCUGCAGCCGGUGACCAUCCAGAGCCUGUCGGAGCUGGAGCGGGCCCGGCUACAGGAAGUGGCCUUGUACCACCUGGAGGAGCGAGACCUGGACUUCAAGAUCAGCAUCCCCAGAGAGAUUCACAAACGGAGAAAAUCCCUGCGCAGGAAGUUCGACUCCUUCUCGAAGGAGAAGAAGGAGCGAGAAUCGGCUCAGAAGGCGUUCGGCAUCCCGCUCUCCCAGGUCAUCGCCAACGACCGGGCCUACAAGCGGCAGCAGGACGCCCUGAAGGAGAGCCGGCGCGACUGCCUGGACCUGGAGGCCAGCGUCCUGCGCUUCCGGGCCGAGAAGCGUCAGUUCUUCAACGGGAGCAAACCGCUGGUCGGCGCCGCGGCCAUCACGGGAGGGGGGGGCGGCGUCCCCCCCGGGUCGCCCUCCGCCAACUCCGUGGCCCCGGCGCCCGUCUCCGAAAACCAGAACAAACCGAUGUCGCCCACGUUUCUGGAUAACAGCGGCCGGGGGCAGAGGAGGGGAGGUCUGUCGGUGGACUCCAUCUCCGACCUGGUGGAGAGUCAGUCUCGGCUGCUGGAGGCGCUGCAGCUCUCCCACCCGGCCGAGCUGGAGCUGAAGAAGUCUCAGGGCGGCGGCUCGUCCGAGGGCCGGACCCAGACCAAGCUGAGCCUCAACCCCAUCUACAGGCAGGUGCCCCGGGUGCUGGAGCGGUGCUGCAGCCACAUCGAGAACCACGGUCUUCAGACUGUGGGGAUCUUCCGGGUCGGCAGCUCCAAGAAGAGAGUGAGACAGCUGAGGGAGGACUUUGACGUGGGCGUGGACGUCCAGCUGGACGAGGAGCACAGCGUCCAUGAUGUGGCGGCGCUGCUCAAAGAGUUCCUGAGGGACAUGCCCGACCCUCUGCUGCCCCGGGAGCUCUACCCGGCCUUCCUGCACGCCAACCUGUUGAGAGGAGCCGACCAGCUCCAGUACUUGCAGCACCUCCUCUACCUGCUCCCGCCCUGUAACUGCGACACUCUGCUGCGCCUCCUCACCUUGUUACAGACGGUGCAGAGCUUCGCCCAGGACACCAUCGGGACCCAGGACGAGGAGAUCCCGGGGAACAAGAUGACGGCGGCGAACCUGGCGGUGAUCUUCGGGCCGAACCUGCUGCAGAGGGAGAGCGGGGGAGACGUGAGUCCUCACUCGAUGGGGAUCGAGGACAGCACGGCCAUCAUCAGCGUCACUCUGCUGCUCGUCCAGAACCACCGGAGACUCUUCACAGUGUCUGCCGAGGUGCAGCAGGAGGUCCUGAUGAGUCUGAUCCAAACCGACCCGGACAUCAUCGACUACCUGCUGCGUCGGAAACUCAGCAGCAGCCACCUGACAGCAGAGGGCGGCAGUGAGUCCGGAGGCCGCCGGGACACAGGGGCGUCUCUGGACUCUGUGGGGGCGUCCAGCGGGAGUCUGUCCCCGCUGGAGCCCCCCUCGCCUCUGUUCCCCCCCGAUGGCAGCGGCGGCGAGGGCAGCCUGACCAGCGAGGUGUUCCUCAACGUGCUGAAGCUGAACCAGAACCGUAAGCGGAAGGAAACCAGAUUCGGUGACGUCCCAGCAGGGAAAUCCAUCAGCCACAUUCGCCAGUUCCACUCCCACCACAACCUGCUCAGCCUGACCCACUCCUCCCACUCCUCCUCCCACUCCUCCUCCGAGCCUCAUGACCGCCGGGGCCCCCUGGGGGCGGCCCUCAGCUUCUCCCUCAGCGGCGGCGGCAGCUGCUCCAGCCUCAGCGGCUCCAGCGAGAGCAACAUCUGGGUGAGGCAGGCGCCGCACGAGGAGAGCAAGCCGUCGCCCGCCGCCAACUUCUGGGACUUCUUCACCGGGAAAGGGUCGGGAUCAGAGACGAUGGUAUGAUGAAGGGCGAGAGGAAGACGAGGGGAGAGGAGGUCAGAGGUCAGAGGGAAACUGGUCUAAGCUCCUGUUACAUUUACAGAAAGGAAAAGUCUAUUUUCAGGAUUAAAAAUGCGUCUUAGUCACAUCAGACGUCUCCAUUUUGAUGCAAAUGCUCCUCGUUGGAAGUUCCCUCUCUUCUGACCUCACUCCUGAACGAAGCACACAAACAGGUGAAGAAGGAAAAUGUCUGAAAACACUCGAAACACUUUUUAAAGACACUUUGAGGCCAAACAUUUGAAGCAUGAGUUGCUCGGACCUGGACCAGGACCAGGAGAAAGAGUUUCACUAAAACCACCAUGAGAUUAUCAGGAAGUGGAUUGCAGUACUAAUGUAAUACAAUGUAUAUAUAAUGUGUACAUGAUGUAUUCCUAAGUUUACAAACCUUUUGUCUUUACUAUACGUAGACGUGUGUAACUGUAGCUUCACCUGUAACCACCAGAGAUCAGACUCUGUUCAGUUUCUGUUGUUUUCACCUUUUCAGCUCCAGAGGAAGAUUUCAACCUUCAGACGAUUCGAUGUCAAUAAAACAGAUCAAACACAAAC